AAUCGCAGACGUGGCAUUGUACAUUUCUUAGAAUGCUCAUAAUGCUCGCUAUUACUUCUCAAUUUUAAAGAGACAAAUAGUACAAGAUUGCGAUUAUGAUCUAAUACAAGCGGUUCUUAGUCUUCUUAUCGUGCUAAAUAUACUGCAAAUAAAAAUCUAUCUUUGUUAGAUUCACGCGAAUAAUGAUGCGGUGAUCAAUAAAUAGAAUCUUAUUAAUUGAUAUUGAGAAACACGAUUGACAAUUGAGUCAAUCUUAGGAGCAAUCAUGUAAACGCCAGUUAGAAUUAUUCUGAAAGUCUUUGUUGCGUAUAAUCGUCAACUUGUAUGAAAAUUUUUUGAGAUCAGCUGCAUCCUAGUUUUGAUUUAAUUUCUCGGUAUCAUGAUCGAGGAAGCUACGACAUUCGAUAUGACAGACGAGCAACUGUUCUCCGCCCUUGGCUUCACAAUGGAUACUAGCAUCGAGAGACAGCUAUUUUCCCCGACCAAGACGAAUCUACCUAGCGAUUACGAAAUCUCGAGUACACUCAGCGAUGACUUCGGAAUAUUCGACAAUCAAUUAAACAUAAUAAAUCCGACAGAUUGCUAUACUGACUUAACUUGUUCUCCGCAAUCAUCUUGGAACGACUGGUCGACCACCAAUACCCCUACAUCGUCAGGUUAUUUUAGCGAAUUGGGUGAAUUGGAUUCAGAGCUGGACUGGUGUCUAGAGAAGAGCUGGGAUUCCGGUCUUCCAGAAAGAACACCAUUGUGCACUGCAGGAUGCGAAGGAUUUUUGCAUCUACCGCCUCUGUCGAAUCCGCAACAGAUGCCACAAUAUGAGGAACCAUUGCUAGUACUUGGCAUCGAUUUACGAGCGUUGGAAAACACAUUAGGAACAAAUACGAUAGAUUAUAACAACAAUCAGUUAAACGACAAUCUCCUAAUCUCAUCAGCAGCUACUGCCGCUUUAGCAACCCACGAUUAUACUAAUCGUAGUUUAGCAAAUGCGUCCGAAGAUCGAUGCUUCCCAUGUACUUACCAAGGAUGUCUAAAAGUAUACGCCAAAGCAUCUCAUUUGAAAGCUCAUUUACGCCGACAUACUGGCGAGAAACCGUUCGCGUGCACUUGGACCGGUUGCGUAUGGCGUUUCAGUCGAUCGGAUGAACUGGCGAGGCACCGACGAUCGCAUUCGGGCAUUAAACCGUACUCGUGCGAGAUAUGCUCGAAAAAAUUUGCACGUAGCGAUCAUCUGGCCAAGCAUCGUAAAGUGCACCGGAAAAAUACCUACCCAUUGUUUCACGGGGCUAGAGGACUACGUAGCGGCAAGAUAAAUGUUUUACCAUCAGAAAUCUAAAAUUCCUCUUUUAAAAUUUCUUUUUAACUUAAGAAAACAAGCCAAAGUUUAUCACUAAGAACACGAAACGUCUACAACAUCAUUUCUAUAUA